AUGUCCCAAUGUCCAUUUUUUAAUUCCCGUGUUCCGCUGCAGGUGGAGCGGCUGUUGUCUUCAGCCAACAACUGGCAGUUCGAUGUGUUCAAGCUGGCAGACGCCACUCAGGACCACGCGCUCAGCACGCUGGCCUUCUUCCUGUUCCACCAGGCCGACCUCAUACGCAAGUUUGACAUCAAGCCGCACUUGCUGGCAAGGUUCAUAAGGCGUGUGGAGGACGGCUACCGGCCCAACCCCUACCACUCCAAGAUCCACGCAGCCGAUGUGCUGCAGUCGCUGCACGUGAUCAUCCACCGUGGCGGCCUGUCUCCGGGCUACGUGGACCCGCUGACGCUCAUGGCCUGCUACCUGGCGGCAGUGGUGCAUGACUACGAGCACGGAGGCGUCACCAACGACUACCUCAUCAACAGCAGUGACCUGUUGGCUUUGCGCUACAACGACCGGGCUCCGCUAGAGAACCACCACCUGGCAGCGGCCUUCACGCUGCUCAAGAAGCCGGAGUACGCCUUCAUGAGCCACCUGCCUAAGGCGGACACGGACCGGCUGAGGAAGAUGGUGAUUGAGCUGGUUUUAGCCACCGACAUGAAGCAACACUUCGCCAUCCUGUCCCACUUCACCACGGUGCACCGAUUGGGGGCAGCCAACUCGGUGACGCCGUCCCACAUUGUUAUCCCGCUGGACGAGAAUGAGCGCAUCCUGUCACUGCAGAUGGCGCUCAAGUGUUCCGACCUAGGACAUGUGUCGGCGUCGCUACCGGUACACUGUCGGUGGGUGCAGCUGCUGGAGGAGGAGUUCUUCCGGCAGGGUGACAUGGAGAAGCUGCACAGCCUGCCAGUCAGCCCGCUCUUCGACCGCUGCAAACCGGGCAUCACCAAGAGUCAGGUUGGCUUCUUCGACAUCGUGGUCAUCCCGCUGCUCAACUGCUUCUCCCGAGUUUUCUCCAACACGAAGCCGCUGCUCACCUAUACCAUGCGCAACUACAAGUACUGGGCCGAUCUGCAAAAGAUGGAGCAGGCUGUUGGCAACGGAAACACCAGCGGCAAAUGA